CUAUUUAAUUAUAACAUUUUAGUUUUUCCUCCGCGUUAUUUUUGUUCCUUUAUUUAUAAUAUAUACAUGUUUUUGUCUCUUUACCACACCUCCACUACGGGCCGGCUUUGAUUAUUGAUUCCCCAUUCUGCAAAUGUUUGAACAACUGUUGCUACUUGGGUUUUGAAUUUGAAUCCAUUUCAGAGACUGCAUUUCCGUAUUUAUGAAAAAGGACACUUUGCUUUUGCGUUAUUUCGCAUAAACAGGUUAUUUGAUUUUAUUUUUGGGUAUUUGCCCUUUGGGGUACUAAGUUUUAGGUUCAUGCUAUGGGGAAAACUCCAGCAAAAUGGUUUAAGAACUUGCUUCUUGGGAAGAAAUCAUCAAAGUCUAAUCUUUCAAAAGGAAGAGAGGUACUGAAACCUUCAAAUAAAGGGGAACAGUUGGUGUCUUCUAAGUUGUCUGUCACGGAUGUAAAUGUGGCUGCUCCAGUUAUAUCAUCUCCACUGGUUGGAACUAUUGCCGGUAAUGAAGUGGGCUCAGAAAAUGAAGUUGCUGCCAAAUUACAAAAUGAUGAAGCAAUCAUAAUGAAUGUAAAAGAAGAUGGCUCUACAGAAGCUACCGUUUGUUCCGAGUCUCCUGAAGAUGCUGAGAAAAUCAAGCUAGAGAAAGCUGCGACAAAGGCGCAGGCUGCUUUUAGAGGUUAUGCGGCUCGUCGGGAAUUUCAAUCUUUUAAGGGCCUCAUAGUGCUGCAAGCACAUGUUCGUGGCCACUUGGUUAGAAGGCAAGCUGUAUCCACUUUAUGCUGUGUGAAGGGAAUUGUUAAGUUCCAGACACUAGUUCGGCACCACAAGGGUGCUAAAUAUUCAAAUACCAUUAUAGUUGGUGCAUCUAAUGAGGUCAGAAGGCUGUCCAAAAAUCCAUUUGUUUCCAAUCUUCUUGCUUCAUUGCCUACUGCGGUUCCCCUGCAUCUACAGUACGAUUCUGGAGAACCUAACUCUGCAACCCUAUGGCUUGAACGCUGGACCAGGUCCCGUUUUUGGGAACCCUUUUCAGAACAAAAGAAAAAAUCUGACUCAAAAUCACACAGGAAGCAUGAGAGCUCCCGAUCAACAGAAACUGAACAAGACAAGUCAAAAACAAGUGUACGUAGACUAUCUGGUGCAAAAGUUGAAAUUUUAUCAGUACGUUCUGCUUCAGAUUCUGAAAAGCGCAAUCGUAACCCAAGGAAAGUAUCCAGUCUCCCUUCAAAUUCUGUUCAAGAACAUUCACAAAAUGAGACUUGUAAAGUUAAGUUUAGUUUAAGAAAAGCUCCUGAUCCCACAAAGGAGCGUUCAGAUCAAUAUGAGGUUCAGAAUGCACAACUAAAACACAGAAUGAGAAAGCCCCUAGGUUCUACUGCUCCUGAUAUUUCAGAGCCGGAAGCUAGAGCUAGUGAUUCUGCUGAGAAGUUGAAAGAUAUUGAGGUGGCAGCACCAAACCAAUCUGAAUUUGGGGACUUGGAACUGCAUAAAUUUGAUAAUCCUGAUGAUAAGCUACAUUGCCAAUCUUCCAUUGGUUUGCAGCCAAUAGAGAUUAUUGGUAAAACUGAAGAUAUUCAAGAACUAAAUCAGCAGUUAAGCUGCAAGGAUGAUUGCAUAUGCAAUGAUAGCCAGAAAACACGUCAAAGAAGAGCUUCUUUGCCUGCAAAAUUUGACCCUCAAGAGAAUGUUGUACAUGACACACCAAAACUGCCAAGCUAUAUGGCUCCAACUGAAUCUGCAAAAGCUAGGCUGAGAGGACAAGGUUCGCCACGACUUUCACGGGAUGUGGUUGAGAAAAAUGCUUUAUUGAGACGGCAUUCUUUGUCUUCAUCCACCAAUAGCAUGCUGACUUCUCUCUCCCCAAGAGCACACAAGCUUGUUCAAGCAACAGGCAAAGGAGUGAUCAGAGGUGACAGAUCUUUGUCAUCUUCUAGAGAUGGUGAUAAGCUGAUUCAAGCUGAGUGGAGAAGGUGAUUUUCCACCGGAUACAUGGAAAGACAUCUGGAGUUGGGAAAAUUUUAACUAACUCAGCAAGUUUUUCAUAAUGUUGUCGUUUGUUUACAUGAAAAUUGGUUAAGUGGCAGUAACCUGCUUUCGGCAUGUCCAACUCGUUUUCUUAUUUUCUUGGCUUUUGUUUGUUUAGGUAGGUAACACUCAUAGGUUAGUGUUUGGACAGACAUCUUUAAGGCUUGAGCUGUAUAAUUUUCGUUGGUCAUCAAAAUGUUAUGUUUGCACAAAUCUGAGAGCUGAGAAGGCUUUAUUCUUUUACUA